GAAAAGAGCACGCCGCGAUCUCAGCUCUCUCCCCCCACCACUGCUCAAAUGUGGGCGUCCUCAGGGUUCCGGUCCUCCGCUUCUCCGGUGUCCGCUUCUCCGCUCGCCCUCAAGAAGAACCCCACCCUGUCGACUCCUCGGCCGAUCUCUCGCGCUCUCCCUCGUUCUUCGUUUCCACUCUCAACGAGGAUCAGUGUAAGAUGUAGUUACGCUGCGCCAGAUAUCAGGGAAGAUUCCUCUUCUGUUCCAAUAGAUGUAGUGGCAGAUGUAAAAUCUGAAAAGAUUGUAGUCUUGGGAGGCAGUGGUUUUGUUGGUUCUGCUAUUUGCAAAGCUGCGGUCUCCAAGGGCAUCGAGGUUGUCAGCCUAAGCAGGUCAGGGAAGCCUUCUUACUCAGAUUCUUGGACGGACCAAGUCACAUGGAUGGCAGGAGAUGUUUUCUAUGCAAGAUGGGAUGAAGUACUGGUUGGGGCAACAGCAGUUGUUUCAACCCUUGGAGGGUUUGGAAGUGAGGAACAGAUGAAGAAGAUAAAUGGUGAGGCCAAUAUCUUGGCAGUGGGUGCCGCAAAAGAUUUUGGAGUUCCGAAGUUCAUUCUGAUUUCGGUACAUGAUUACAAUCUUCCGUCAUUUCUACUCACCUCGGGGUAUUUCACUGGCAAGAGAAAAGCCGAGUCAGAGGUCCUCUCCAAAUACCCAAAUUCCGGUGUCGUGUUUAGACCUGGUUUCAUCUAUGGUAAGAGAAAGGUAGAUGGCUUUGAGAUCCCACUUGAUGUUAUAGGUGAACCAUUAGAGAGACUACUGCUUGCCACUGAAAAUUUUACAAAGCCCCUGAGCUCGCUGCCUGCAUCUGAUCUCCUGUUGGCACGGCCUGUGAGUGUCGAUGAUGUUGCAUAUGCAGUGAUCAACGCAGUCAUGGAUGAUGACUUUUUCGGCAUUUUCACAAUUGAACAGAUUAAGGAAGCUGCGGCAAAAGUGCGGACAUGAAUUUGGUGCACUCAGCCAAUGUGACUGCUCGACAUCAAUUUUCAGCAUUUGAACUCGUUGACACAUCAGUCAUAAGCUCAGGUUGCCUCCAAACUACCAAUUUGAAGUCUUUAGUUGGGAGCUUAAUCUUUAUGAUGAGGUUUCAAAUAUUCCAAUCCUCCAUGUUGUAUUGCUUGCAUUCUUUAGAGCAAAAAGGGAAGAAAUUCUGGUGAAAUAUUUUACCCUUCUACAUAGGCUAGCUCAACUAUCCUCUCCAUCAGCACUUCACAGAAUAAUAUGUUGCUGAACUUUCUUUCAUCAAUUUACUGUAUGGUACAUAUAUAUAAAUAUAUACACAUAUAUACAUAUACAUACAUAUAUGGAUGUGCAUAUGUGUGUAUACAUAUACAUGCAUGCAUGCAUAUAUGUAUGCAUGCAUCUUUGGACUUUUUCUCCUUGUAAAGAAAUAAAGUGGCAGUGCUACAUUCUGGUA